CGCGGGGGCGCCAGAGAGCUCUUUACACGCUGACACCACACACACACUCACACACUCACUCACCACUACGCUCUGCUAAAGAUGUGAAAAUGGCGGAGCUACAAAUGCUACUGGAAGAGGAGAUUCCAGCAGGACGAAGCGCACUACUAGACAGUUUCACCAAUUUGGAAAGAGUCGCGGAGUACUGCGAGAGCAACUAUGUCCAGUCUCCAGACAAGCAGAGGGCGCUGGAGGAGACCAAGAACUACACUACCCAAUCUCUGGCCAGCGUAGCCUACCUGAUCAACACGCUGGCCAACAAUGUCCUGCAGAUGCUCGACAUCCAGGCGUCACAGCUCCGCCGCAUGGAGUCCUCCAUCAACCACAUCUCACAGACGGUGGACAUCCACAAAGAGAAGGUGGCCCGGCGGGAGAUCGGCAUCCUCACCACCAACAAGAACACGUCCCGCACACACAAGAUCAUCGCCCCAGCCAAUCCCGAGAGGCCUGUGCGCUACAUCCGCAAGCCCAUCGACUACAGCAUGCUGGACGACAUGGGCCACGGCGUGAAGUGGUUGCAAAGGUUUAAGGCCAGCGCUCAGAACAUGAAGGCCGGAGGAGGCGGUGGACUCCCUCGCACCAACCCCCCCACACAGAAGCCCCCCAGCCCGCCCAUGUCAGGGAAGGGAACCCUUGGGCGCCACUCCCCCUAUAGGACGCUUGAGCCGGUGCGUCCACCCGUUGUCCCUAACGACUACGUCUCGAGCCCGACGCGCAACAUGGCGCACCCCCAGCAGAGCCCUGCACGCACUGCAUCCGUUAAUCAGAGGAACCGCACGUACAGCAGUGGGAGCAGCGGAGGCAGCCACCCCAGCAGCAGUCGCAGCAGCAGCCGAGAGAACAGCGGCAGUGGCAGCGUGGGCGUGCCCAUCGCCGUGCCGACUCCAGCCCCGCCCACCGCCUUCCCAGGAUCAGCCCCCGCCCCAUCCAACCCAGCUAAACCCUCCCCCAACACUGCCACCACCCCCGGACCCCCCAAUUCCGCCCUAGACGGCCCCCCACAGGCCCCCAACCCCCCUGUAGAGAUCCCGCCUGUACCCCCCCCCCCGCCCCAGCUCCCUGCCUCCGCGGCCCCCACUGGCACAGCUCCUUUCGGCAACCCCGCACAAGGUGCUGCUCAGUUCUACAGCAUGAACCGCCCGGCCCAGCCGGCCCAACCCCAGCAGGUGGGCGGCUCGCUGCCGUACCGCCGACCCUCGUCUGUCACCGGUCAGCCCAACGUGGCCCACAAUCAGAGCCAGCUCAACGGUGGGCCACACUUUGCCCAGAACCAAGCCGGCCCGCUCGCGCCCCCUCCCCCCUCCAUGCAGAUCACCCCUCAGCUGCCUCUGAUGGGCUUUGUGGCCCGAGUUCAGGAGACUAUCUCAGACGUGCCGCCCCCACCUCCACCUGCCGAGGAGCCGGUGUUCGAGGAGCCUACACCUCCUCCUCCUCCACCGGAGGACUACGAGGACGACGAGGAUGAAGAAGAGUCGGCGGUGGUAGAGUAUAGUGACCCCUACGCCGAGGAGGACCCGCCCUGGGCUCCACGUAGCUACCUGGAGAAAGUGGUGGCCAUCUACGACUAUGCCCGGGACAAGGAGGACGAGCUGUCGUUCCAGGAGGGCGCCAUCAUCUACGUGAUCAAGAAGAAUGACGACGGCUGGUACGAGGGCGUGAUGAACGGCACCACGGGCCUCUUCCCGGGCAACUACGUCGAGUCCAUCAUGCACUACGCCGACUGAACAAUCCCCCCCCCUUUCUGAGCGGAGGAUGAGGAAGAGGAGCGGGAGGAGCGUGUGGUGUUUUGAUGGGGGAGGGAGGGGAGCCAAGGGUUAAAGGUCAAAGACUUUGAUCAGAACAGAGCAUGAUCACCUCCGGGCAAAGAGAGGAAAGUUUUUAAAGAAGUUGCUACAUGACGAACUGAAGCCCAGUCACUCUCUCGACAUUGUAAAACAACCACUACUCUAGAUAUAUCCUUCCCUGUAAUAUUUCUUUCUUUGAUUCUUUCUUUGACCUGCGGAGGACUGGACGGUGAUGGAUUUAUUGUAUUCUGAGAGUUUUGUGUUACAUUAUGAAGCCACUACAUUGAUUUUGCUUCAUUUUUUUCUUCCUCUGUUUGUUUUACCAAUUUGCCCUUAUUUUAAACAAUAUUUAUUUGGAUUUUGUAGUGGGAUAAAAUGGUGGGAAGGUAGACGGGGCCGCUGAGAGGGUGGCCUCGGAGAAAGGGCUGGAGGAGAACGCCUUCAUGUGUAGAUUUUCUCCUUAACACUCCAGAGACAUUUUUAGAGACAAAUACUCCUCUAUAUAUAACGUAUAAUGCAACAACAAUAUCCUCGGUGGGGAAAACAAACAGUAGUUUCCGUACUUGACAAAGUAUUUGGUUAGGUACCUCAGCAGGGAGAGUGCCAAAGCUGACUUCACUUAGAGAAGCACAUCAAAUGUCUUAAAAGAUGACACACGAAGCUCGACACAGUGGGUCAGGGAGACGUCAGAGAGAGUGCUUUAACUCGGUUCUUUACUGCUUGUUUUGUUUUUUUUUUCUUUUGCACCACGCUAACUCAAAAGGGGCGAGUUUAAUCACUACGUGCUUCACUUUUGCGACCGGGUUUCACGAGAAGGAAUCAUCCAGCCCUCGAAAUAAAAGAGCGAGAUCCUCGACCGCACAACGACCUGGAUUUUGAAGUCUUACUCUGCAGCUCCUGUCAUGCAUAAUAGAAGUAUAUAAGCUCGACUGGCGAGGCUAAUCAUUUGCAGUGUUCAUGUGCAUUUGAGACCAAGACACUUUUUUAUUUUUGGCGUUUUAACCAAGGGGUCCAGAAUCGAGUUUCUUGCUUGCAGAGCGGCAGACUGCAUGUUUCGAACGAGGAUUUAAAAAAACAAAAAAAAAAAAUCUUUUCUGCUCUACUGAUGAUUAAUGUCUUAAUAUUUUUAGAUAUGGUGUGGUUUGGUUUUUGAUAUUCACCCAUGACGACGACGACGAUGCAUUUAGGGUCAUUUCUGAGACGCUUGUGCCAUAUUGAAGUGUGUGUUGCUGUUCAGAGGUUAUCACUUCAUUUGCAAUAAAUUGGCCAGAGUGGGGUGGAGUGUCGUUGAACUACAAAUCUUUCAUUUCUUUUCCUUUUUUUAUUUUUGUUUUCUCAAAUUGUUUUAAAUCAAAAGCACAUACAUUUGUAGUAAAAAGGUGUAGAAGAAGAAAUAAUAUAAAUGUGAGAUGUAUUACGUCCUUGAAACAGGACUUAUUGAUUAUGAAAAGAAACCAGCUGUUGUGUUGAAAUGGUUCUAACCGUCGCAAGCCCCCCGAUACUUCUCAACGCCGUCAGUUUAGGCGUCGUUCGUCCUCCGUAAAGUUUCCAAUACGCUUGGCUGUUGGGUGUUUGCGAGGGCUCAGUGCUUGUACUUAUGUCAGAAUCUUUAUUUUCUAUUAAAAAAAAAACAAAAAACAGAAAUAAUAACAAGUGGGUCUGUAUGUGAGUCUUGCAUGCCAUUGUUCUUAUCUGUGCUGGUGUCCCAAAAAAACCUUUGUGGCGAGAUCACCCAUUCUUAAAAAGACAAGCAAGCCCUGCAAGCUCUGACCAGGUACCACCAGCCUCAUCCAAAGAGACUGUACAACUUAAUCCAAGCCCGCAUCUGAGGAGUCGCUCUCUGACCUGUGGGGGAGGAGGGACAGUAGCCGUCGUUGCGUCAGUGGUGGAUUUAAAAAAAAAAAAAAGAAUUGUCUAAGCUGCUAGUGAAUCCUGUGGACAAAGAAAAGCCAACAGGCCGGAUGUAACACUCAGUAUCUGCGACUCUUGUUUCAUACACUCAUCAGAUGACACUAAAAUAAAUAAAUAAAUGAGAUGAGGCCUUUUGGUCUGCAGGAUUCACAGCUCCCUGGAGUCACAGACGUCCCUCAGGAUGUCAAGUUUAACAGUCCAUAAUGCCAUUGUGUUGCACAGUUAAAGUUGAAUUGCAGAAGUAUCAUAUUUGUAAAAUCAUGAGAACAAAGACAAUAAAAUUAUUAAGAUUUA